AUGGCGAUUCCUUGGGACUCACUCCGUUCCCUCGUCAUCUUCUUCGGACCCAUACUCUUACCAAAAGCUAUAUCAUACUACCGAUCAGUCAAGAAUAACCCCCACGGCCGUCAUGUACCCAUAGUACCCGUCCCGUUUCGAAUCGGAGUUGCGCUCGCGCUUCUCGCUAUCCUUAUCAUCACCUACAUCGUCCAGACGCUCCCGCCCUUUUCACCCGAGAACCUCUUCCUCGCCACGCAGAGCCGUCUGCAGAUCCCCGUCGAUGUCCUCUUCAACCGAGUUGCUGUUGGAAGAUCGGACAAUAUCCUUACAAAGCAGGAUGAGGCGCUGAGGGGCAGAUUCGUCAACUUGGAGAGUCGAUUGCUCUACCUCCAAUUUGGUCCCGAUGUGCUGGCUAACUGCCCGUUCUGUACCUCGGAGGAACCAAAGACCUUCUUCAACUAUGCCCUCCCACAGCUUCUGUGGCCUCACAUCGUCAACCUCUUCGCCGUUGCUAUUGUCACGAGCCCUACUUUCACAGGCCGAGCCGGCGCCCAGUGGCGACCAAAAGCUACAAUGGCUGCUGCUGUCAUCGCAGCUCUCGAUGUUUACUUUGUCAACUCAUACAACUACCAGGCCAACGCCCGUGCUCUUCGUCUAUCAGAAGUUGACUUCUUCUACUGGACUGCCCGUGUUGCGCGCCUGGUGACUCUUGCUUCAUUUGACGCCGCCCUUGGAUGGCUCUUAUACCUAUCUGCCACGAACCGCGCAUUCGUCGAACCUCCCUCGCCCGUGGAGCGUAUCGAAGCAACCGCUCGUGCCUUGAUGGUAGUCAAAAGCAAGCUUAGCGCACUUGGCAUUGUUAAAAACACAGCGCUGCGCGACGAAGAUCUUCGAUCACGCAGUCAUGCUUAUUGGAGCCAUGAGGUUCGUCUCAUGGGUGAAGUUAUGGAGGAACGGGAAGUUGUAGAGGGAGUCAAUGAUGCAUUGAGCAACCGCAUCGACGUUGCAAACAUAACAAGAGACGCCGAAGGUUAUGCACAGAAUGUAUUGCAGAACUUGCAAGCAGAAACAGAUGGCUAG